AUGGACGGAGCUCUCAAAUUCGUUGUAGCAGCAGUGGCAGCCGCCGUCGUUGCGAAGCAAGUUCUUGGAGCCGGCCACAACCAGAGGCAGGAAGAGGAACGACGGCGGCGGCGAAGGCGGCAGCAACGGUCGCAGCGUGAACAAGAUGCGGCGACGCAAGGGCAGCAUGGGGGGCGGCCAGUGCCAGAGCUGAAUGACGUGGAGAGUGUGGGGGAGGAGAGGGACCGCUCGUUAUUGUCACACGGGAGAGUUGGCGCGACGUUUGGUCAGGGAGGCGGGGAAGGGCAUGGGAUCACGGGGGUGGCUCAAACGGGGGGUGGAGCAGGAGGAGAGGGAAGGGGAGGGGGAAGGUCCGGGAACAAGCACAAGGAGGGGCGUGCGCGGGCGUCUGGUGGUAUUGCUGCUGCUGGUGGUGGUGGUGCUGCUGGUGUCCCAGAUGUGACUGUAGAUGGAAGGGACUAUUACGGGGGCUCUGGGGGGGAUGUAGUGACAAGUGAAGGGAGAGGGGAGGAGGAGGAGGGCGAGAGGGGACGGAAGGACAGGAAGAAUGACCGGAAGGAGAAGAGGAAGAAGAAGAAGGAAAAAGAGGAGAAGGAUAAGGAGAAGGAGAAGGAAGUCAAGGAGAAAGGGAAGGGGAAGGGGAAAGGGAAGGGGAAGGGAAAGGGUAAGGACAAGCAGGGGCAAGAGGAAGGGGAGGACGGGGAAGAUGGAAUUGAGCUGUUGGCAGAUGGGAAGGUAGCAGCAGCAGGAGGAGGAGGAGAAGGGGAUGGUGGGAGCAUACCCAAGGGCACUGGGGUUCCUGGUGCUACUGCUGCCUCUGGUGGUCUGGGCGACGGGGCUGGCGGUGGGGAUAUCAGUGCAGGCGGUGGGGGUGUUGAAAAUGGCGUGUUUGGUGGACUGGCUGUGGAUUCACUGGAAGGAGACAAGGGGGGCGCUGGAUGGGGAGACGAGCCGGGCGCUGCAUCGGGAGACGAGUUCUUUUCAGACAAGGACGUGCCGGACGUGUGGUCUGACUUUGAGUCGAAACUCGUUCUCGACGGCCGGAAAGCAGCUGUCCGGAACGUGCUCCCUGGCGACUCCCCUUCAGCCUUGAGCUUUGGUCCGUCGGCCGUUGCUGCGCUACCCAACGGGCUUGGUGACCUAGACGAGCGGAGGGAGGUGCAUGAGCGCGUGAUGGCGGAGGUGGCGGAGGUGGAGGCGCGGGUGCAGCAGGAGGUGCAGGAGCGGGAGGCGCUGGAGGAGCAGCAGCGGGUGCGCGCGGAGGAGCAUCAACGGGAGGUGUGGGAGCUGCAGUGCAGCGCGGAGGAGAUGCGGCAGCAGCAGGAACAGCUCAUGGCGGAACUGCAGGGUGGGUUAUUGUCUGUCUGUGAGGAGAGUGCAGCAGGAGGUGCAGGAGCGGGAGGCGCUGGAGGAGCAGCAGCGGGUGCGCGCGGAGGAGCACCAGCGGGAGGUGUGGGAGCUGCAGUGCAGCGCGGAGGAGAUGCGGCAGCAGCAGGAACAGCUCAUGGCGGAACUGCAGCCCUGGGGAUGUGGGAGCUGCAGUGCAGCGCGGAGGCGAUGCGGCAGCAGCAGGAACAGCUCAUGGCGGAAUUGCAGGGUAUUGGGGUGUGUGAGGGUGUGUUGUUGUCACUAAGGGUGCAGACGGAGGUGCAGGAGAGGGAGAAAGCGGCACGAGAAGCUCAUGACCAAGUGCAGGAGCUGCGGCAGCUGAGGUAUGGGAGCGAGGAGGUGGAGAGGCAGCGCAGGGAGGUGGAGAGGGAUCGGAGGGAGGUGAAGAGGGAUCGGGAGCUGAGGCUGCUACAGUAUUGGGGCGAGGAGGUGGAGAGGGAGCGCAGGGAGGUGGAGAGGGAGCGAGCAGAGGUGGUGCAUUUUAGGCCUCCUGAUGCUUCUAGAAGCGCCUAUUGCCAUCUCCCCCUGAUCGUGCCUGCCUCUUUGCUGCUCCCAUGCCCGCCUUUUUCUCCCCGUCUGUUCCCUGUCUGUCCCUCCCCUCCACAGGAGCUGCGGCAGCUGCGGUAUGGGGGCGAGGAGGUGGAGAGGCAGCGGCGGGAGGUGGAGAGGGAGCGGGCGGAGGUGGUGAGGCUGCGCAAGGGCAUGGCGGAGAGCGUGUUUCAGAAGCAGCAGUGGGCGCUGGACAUGCAGGAGAUGGAUAAGAUCAAGAAGGAGCUGAACGAGCUGCGGGCGCGAGAGAGGGAGCUGCAGAAGCAGCUGCGGAUAGGCUCGGGUUCUUCAUCAGAGAUCACUGCACUCAAGCAGGUGGUGGCGUCACUUAAAGCCCGCGAGGAGGAGGUGAACGCCAAGGAAGCUCUGGCCCUGGCGAAGCACAAGGAGGUGGAGGCGCUGCGCAAGGCGCAGGAGAAGGUGGAGGUGGAGCUGGUGGAGGCUCGGCGAAUGAACAACGAGCUGCAGCUGCAGAGGAGGAAGAUGAGCGUGCAGCUCGCAGAGGCGCAGGCGCACAUGGAUCGACUCAUAGCUCCGGAGAGCCAGCAGCUGAAGAAAGCACAGAUGGAAGCCAUGCUGCUGCGGCAGCGAGUGGCAGACCUGCUAAGACAGGUCGAGGGUCUACAGAACAGCCGGUUCAGCGAGGUGGAGGAGGUGGUGUACCUGCGGUGGGUGAACGCGUGUCUGCGCUUUGAGCUGCGCCACAACAAGGCCAUGGCGGGCGGCAAGGACUCGGCCCUCUCCCUCAACAACAACCGCAGCCCACGCUCCCAGGACCGCGCGAAACACCUUAUGCAGCAGUUUGCCGAUGGCUACCCCACAGGGGAACCUUCUGGGAAAUACAACGAUGAUGACUCCGACUCGCUCUCUCUAUACAACGACUCUGCCUCCUUCGCCUCCUCGCCUGACCGUGCCGCCACAGACGACCCCUUUCACUCUUCACCGGAUAGCUAUGGCCGGAGGGAGGGAGGUCAGGAUGAGGAGAGGCGGGAGGCGAUUCUCCGAAAGCUCAAGAUGAAGCAGCCUCCUCCCGGCAUGAUGAAUCCCAUGGGCGAUUUCACCGUCGGUGACUCCUUCAAUCUCGUCCGUCGAUCCGUGUCUCGCCCCGACAAGGACAAUCUGCACCGUCGAUUUCCGGGGUUCAAGGAUCGGCAUCUCCUGGCACAGGAGCGGCAGAUAUUUAACCUUCAGCAGGCCGAAGCUGCGGCUGCCCUGAAAAAAUCGAAUAUUUCCGCCAACGCGUCUGUUGGGAAAACGCCGCGCGUUGCCGCCCUGGAGAAGCGGGAGCCUCGAGUGCCGUCCGCGCCACCCAAGCCCCGCAACACCCGCCCAGUCCACUUGGACGAGGAGAUGGAAGUGACGCACGCCGCCGCCCUGCUCAACAAAGCAGCGGGCGGCGCAGUGCCGCUUCCGCCGCCCCUGCCGCCGGGCAGCGGGGUGGUUCCACUGCCGCCCGCACUGCCCAAGGGCGGGAAACUGGGAGGCAAGGGGGGGAUGGACGAUGAGGGGAUGAGGAGGGCGCCUGAGGUGGUGGCAUUUUAUCAGCAGCUGAUGAGGAUGCAGCGGGAGGGGAUGGGAGGAGGCGUUGGGGGGAGGGAAGCGGAGGAGGGUCUGAGUAUGACGGCAGUGAGGGGAGAUAUGAUUGGGGAGAUUGAAGGGCGCUCGUCUCACCUGCUCGCGAUCAAGCAGGACGUGGAGAUGCAGGGCGAUUUCAUCAACACAUUGGCGAGGGAGGUGCGGGAAGCCUCCUACUUCGACAUCGAGGACGUCGUGGCGUUUGUCAACUGGCUGGACGAGGAGCUGGCCUUCCUGGUGGAUGAGCGAGCAGUGCUGAAGCACUUUGACUGGCCUGAGGCCAAGGCGGAUGCACUGCGGGAGGCUGCCUUUGAGUUCCAGGAUUUGGUCAGGCUGGAGCGCGACCUGGGCAGCUACGUGGACGACCCUGACGUGCCCACCGACCAGGCGCUGAAGAAGAUGUUCCACGUUCUUGAAAAGGUGGAGCAGAGCAUAUACGCACUGCUGCGCACGAGAGACAUGGCCAUCUCACGCUAUGCUGAGUUCGGAGUGCCCACCUACUGGAUCCUCGAUAACGGCCUUGUGGGCAAGAUCCGCCUGGCAUCGGUGCGUCUGGCCCGCUGCUACAUCACACGAGUCACAUCGGAGCUCGACAAGCUGGGCAACGAGCCCGAGAGCGAGCCCAUCCGCGAGUUCCUGCUGCUGCAAGCCGUGCGAUUCGCUUUCCGCACACACCAGUUUGCGGGAGGGUUUGACGCAGAAAGCAUGCGGGCAUUCGAUGACCUUCGAGCUCGAGCCAACCUCGGAAGCAGUGGUAGCCUCGGCCCCCCAACUGCUGCUGCUGGUGGUGCUGCUGCUGCUGCUGCUGCUGCUGCUGCUGCUGCUGCUGCUGCUGCUGCUGCUGCUGCUGCUGCUGCUGCUGCUGCUGCUGCUGGUGCUGGUGCUGGUGCUGGUGCUGGUGCUGGUGCUGCUGGUGCUGCUGAUACUGGAGCUGCUGCUACCUCGGCUGCUGGUGCCCCUGCUCCUGCUGAUGCCGUUGAAAGUGCUCCUGCAGCUGGUGACACGAAUGAUGCGGAUGGCGGCGGGGGUAAUGAUGCUGGAGUAUUGCUGAAUGAGGACCUUGCAGUGGAUGAUGCAGAUACAUCAGAUCUUCUGGCUGAUGCUUUGGCGGUUGCUAGCGAUGUGGGUGAUAGCACACCUGUCGAUGAGGGUUUGUAA